GAGCGCGGGAAAGGCAGUGUAAUGGCGCGGUACUAACUGUUACAUUGUUACAGUAUUUGUCAGUUUCAAUCCCGGUUGAAAGUAACUAUUGCUGCUGUAGAUCAGAAGGAUUGAGCCGCCGAUCAUCUCGCGAGGGACUAAUCGGAGAGCAAGAGGGGGAUUGAGAGGAUGGACAGUUUCCAGAAAGUCGAGAAGAUCGGGGAAGGGACGUAUGGUGUGGUUUAUAAAGCCAAAAACAAAGACACGGGUGAAGUGGUAGCCCUGAAGAAAAUUCGACUCGACACGGAAACCGAGGGAGUGCCAAGUACAGCAAUACGAGAAAUCUCCCUUCUGAAGGAACUCAGCCAUCCCAACAUAGUCAAGUUACUUGAUGUCAUUCACACGGAGAAUAAACUGUAUCUGGUCUUUGAGUUCCUGCAUCAGGAUCUGAAGAAAUUCAUGGACGUCUCUUCAGUCAAUGGGAUCCCAUUGCCACUCGUCAAGAGUUACCUAUUCCAGUUACUGCAGGGGCUCGCAUUCUGCCAUUCUCAUCGGGUACUUCACCGUGACCUGAAGCCCCAGAACCUGUUGAUCAAUGCGGAGGGCGCGAUUAAACUGGCUGACUUUGGACUCGCACGAGCUUUUGGAGUACCUGUUCGCACGUACACCCAUGAGGUUGUCACAUUGUGGUAUCGUGCCCCUGAGAUCCUCUUGGGGUGUAAAUAUUACUCCACUGCAGUAGAUAUCUGGAGUCUUGGCUGCAUCUUCGCAGAAAUGGUAACAGAUUCUAAAAUCACUAGGAGAGCUUUAUUCCCUGGAGACUCUGAGAUUGAUCAGCUGUUUCGCAUUUUCCGUACACUUGGAACGCCAGAUGAAUCGGUCUGGCCAGGAGUAACCUCCAUGCCUGAUUACAAGCCCACAUUCCCAAGGUGGAUUCAGCAGGAUCUUGGUAAGGUGGUCCCGCCUCUGGACGAGGUUGGCAGAGAUCUGUUAGCGCAAAUGCUUCAGUAUGAUCCAAGCAAGCGGAUCUCAGCGAAGAGCGCUCUGUCCCACCCUUUCUUCCAAGAUGUGACCACACCCAUCCCUCACCUUCGAGCUUAAACUUCAGCCGAUCAAUCGCUGGUCUGGAAAGCCUGAAGAGUCACUUGUAGGAACUGAUGAGGCAGUGUCUAUUCAUACUGUCUGUCCAGUCUUUAUUUCCAGAAGUGCCAAAGAUCCAUGCGUUGGUCAUUCACAUCUCCAGAGCUUUUAUUUAACAAGUUCCAUACGAUUUUUGCAAACAUUUGAGACUUAACAUUCUAUCAAAGAAUUUUUCAUAUUUCUUAGAUAAAUGGAUGGUCUCCAGUUGGCCUUCCUCGUGGGACCAUCCUGCCUAAUUCGAUUGGAAAGCUUCCUAUUUAUCAUAUCAACUGAUUACAAUACAGAGAGCCACAAUAAGUCUGCACUUGUGCUUUAUUUUUCCAUUCCUACAGGAAGCUGUGAUUGUCACCAAUCAACCAGAACAACACUAAUAAAACCCUAGUGAGAUCCCUUCAUCCAAAUGAAAAUUACAUUUCUAUCAAAGAAAUGUCCCAAUGACUCAGAGAUGCAAAUCUCCAACUCUGAGCCAUACAAACCAGAAAGGUCCUAGUUUGAUCCUCAGUAUCUACUGAUUUCAGCCAGGACUAAGAUAAAGGUGCUACAAUUGGCUGGGUUAGGGAGAGGAAGAUAGUUCAUGGUUCCACUUCCUGGUUGCUAUCCAGUGAUCUUUGCUGGCAGUAUCCAUGUACGGAUAGGUGAUGACAUAGAUGUGAUACUCCCUGUAGUUGGAUGGUCAGCUAGCACUCAUUAUCCAGGCUCACAUGUGAAGAAUGGCCUUUUAGGCAAGAUAGCAGAAACCCCCUGAAUGAGCUCAAAGUGAGAGUUGAUGAUGGGAGAGCAGGAUAGAAAAUUUUAAAAGUAAUAGGAUAAUAGCUCAGUGAAGAAAUUCAUUGCCCAUUGGUGAUGUUGAACCACAAAGAACUCUGGUGCUAAAUUAGCGAAUCUGUCAGUGAGGACAAUAUACUUGGCCACAGCGACACCGGGCUAGGAAGGGAAAAAGCAAAAUCGGCCCAGGUUCCUGUUCUUGGUCAUUCUCCAGCCACCUCUGCUGUGAGUGUAUGUGCAGAUCUCUGGUGAACACAAGAUCGGGAAAGGAGGUGGGGAGGAAAUUGGUCAAAAGAGGAAUAAAGAUCACCAGAGAAAGCAUCAAUAAUAAUUUGUAACAGUACAAUUAGACCAAUUGGACAUUCACCUAGCUGAUUUAUUUUCUAAUUGGAGUAGGUAGUUUCUUGUGGCUAGUUGGGAAGGUCACUUUAGAUAAAUGCAUGAUAAUUAAGUCCGCCUAAUAACCUAGCAUUGAGGCUUUUUGUCUCUUUCCACAAGAAGCAUGACUGCUGUCAUUCAGUCAUGCACCAGAUGCUGAUGGUUGCGGGAUAGCUUGUGCUGUAGGUUCUGAUGGUGAAUCCAAUCCAUGUGUUUCCUGUUAUUCUGAGUCACAACCCCAGUUGACAUGGUGGCACAAUUCCAAGAGGCAAAUAUGGGUCUAACAUUACUGGACAAUACUGGAGGGAAAGCAUGAGCACUAAACAGAGAAAACAAGGAGGCUAUUGACCUGCAUGAAAAAAAUGCACAAGCUGAUGCUUAGGAACUAAAAUUGUUUGAUACUUUUGGAGUGAGUGGUUUUGAAUUCAGGUUGCCUACAUUUUAGUUGAAUCUACAAUUCCACAAAAGCUGAAUUAGAACUGCAGAUGAUGAUGAAUGAAUCUCUCACUUCAAGAUUAUAUGGCAAUGUGCAUUUUUGAACUUUUUUGAUGUUUUAAUCUUAUGUAUGUAAUUCUAACCUUGGAUCUAUGAAGGGAUUUUUUACAAUGUUUUGAGACUGGAUAUAAAUAUUGUUAUCUACACAAGCUCAUCUGAACCCUUACUGGAAAUUAACCAGUGCCUGACGAUGUGAAUGCAUUGUAGCUACCCUUUUACUCUGGGCUUAUGUUGUGGCCAAUUUACUCUACAUUGGUAGAAGGUUAAGCAUUUUGAGAUUAGUUGGCCUGCAAUUGGUAGUUUGCUUUGGGGGACAAGCAUCUUUCACAACCAAAACGUACUAAGCAAUUAUGAGUAUGGUUUCUGCUGCUUUGUUGAUAAUGGUUUCCAGUAGCUCAUGGACUGGAUAAUGUGGGCCAAAUGGUCAACAAAAAAGAGAGUCAGGUUCUCCCUAAGCAAAUCAAACCCAGCAGGUAAUUGGGUAACCCAAUGAAGAAACUGUCAUGCCACUUGGUUUAUAUCACCAUGGCACCACAUUGUGAUAUCUUCAAAAUGCACUAGAUGCUUCAAAAUAGCAGGAAUUCUGGUGAAUGAUUAUUCAUGUAAUCCCACAAUGUCUAUUACUUGGGUAAAUGUGGGAUGCAGCAGCACUAACAGAAAUGCUGCUCAUCCCAGACCUUCAUCCUUUCCGUCUGCAGACCUCAGGAAAAAUAGAUUGAGAUCAUUGACCUAAAUAUGCAAAGUGUUUGAGACUUUGGGGGCUCUUUCAGUGACUUAGUAGGUAAAGGUAUACAGCUUGGUGUGGAACUGAGCAACACAGGAGGCAAGUCCCUGACUCAAUCCUUAGUCUGCAUUGAGUUCGGUGGUGGUGCUACAAUUGGCCUUAGUGUCCUUGGGCUAGAAAUAGGUGUUGCUUCAGUGAACUAUGCCUCCUGUUCCAUUGUAAAGUCUUUCCUAGCUAUUCCCUAGAGCCUUGGUCCAAGGCAUUAACCCACCCCACACUGGAGUAACUAAAUCUAUUUCAGACUCUAGGUCUGUGAUAUUUUAAAAAGAAAAUUGGUAAACAAUUGAAUAUAAAUUUAUAUUUACAAACAAACCUUGCUCAGAUGUAAAUUGGAUAGUUAUUUAAAUAUGUCAUGCAGAUUAAAAUCAAACCUAUGAACUGUUUGCUUUUAAUUUACGAAUGUUGCAAAUUUUGGUUUCCUUGGUGACAUGUUUCUGUGAUUUGUGCCCUCUGGGAGACCAACUGAUGGCCUCAUCUGACCAAGUUUGCCAAAAUAAUAGGCUUGAGUAUGGCUUUGAUAUUGUCAUCAAAUUUUGAGUCUGGGGAUGAGCUCAGUUUAGUGUUUUUUAAACUAUUCAUGGGACUUGCAUUUGCCCAUUUUUUAAUCGUUAUGUAGAAAAUUAAAAUUAUUUUGUUGACUGAAUUGUCUCUGUGCUGAAAGCUGAAAAAUUAGAAGUUGGAUCCAAGAAGUUGGAUGGGAGAAGGAAUCUGGUGUCUGCAUUUCUUGUGUGAGCCAACAAAAGAGGAGGGAGUUUGGUCUCCCUUUCUAGUGAUACAGGCUAUGAUAUUUCUUACCAAGUUUGUAAUUUGGACUUCAAUGUCCAUUGUUAGUUGGACGCUCCAAUCUGGAAAUUUCUCGAGGCAUGUCACGCUUCAGCUAAACUGCUAGGGGACAUGUCUUGAGCACUUCAAACUUGUUACCAGCAUAUAUCAUUUUUAAUAUAUUGUAAUUCGCUAUUACCAGAAUAACGGUUUUGUAAUUUCAUCACAGUUGUUACUCCCUUUCAAUAAUUAAAGCUGAAAAUGCUGGAAUGGUCCAGUGAGUCCAUCACUUCCAUUCCUGCAGUACCCUCCAGUCACAGAAGUGUUGUAGACACCAGAAAUAAGAUAAUUUAGUUUCAUUUUGUUUUGUUGAAAGUUUAUUUUAUGGUUAAGUUCUUUUAAUAGUUGUGCCUUUUAUAUGUAAAAUAAAAAGGGCAUGUGUAAAAUUGGUUCUGUUGAUGACACUGGGACAACCCAGUGUAAUCCAUUUUUUUGGAAUAAAAACAAAAUGCUGGAAAUUAGUCAGCAGGUCUGGCGGCAUCUGUGGAUAAAGAAACGGUUAAUGUUUUGAGUCGAAUAUGACUCUUCUUCAGAACUGCGCACACUGUGUCUGUCCUUAAAUGCUCCCGAUUAUUUGGAAACCUAGAAUGAUAGGGCAGAAUCUUCUGCCUGUCAGUCGGGAGUGGUCACGGGCAGGCAUGGAGCUGAUCGCCGCCCGCGAUUGGCUGCACACCGCCAUUUUACAUGGACGGGCCAAUUAAGGCCCGCCCACUGUGACG